AAGUGAAAUUGAAUUACAUUAAUAAUAUUUUAACAGAUUUAUUCAAUGAUGAAUAAUACAAAAAAAAUCAAUGUAAAUUUUUCAUCUCUUGUGGGUUUAAAAGCAGAACUUUUAAAAAAACAACAUGAAGUAAAUGAAGCAAAAUUGAAAUCAGAAACAAUUUAUAAUAUUCCAAAAUUACAGAAGAAAAAAUCUUCAAAAACUGAAGAGGAACAUAAAAAUGAAAAUUUGAAAAAAUUAGAGUAUAUUGAGGAUAUUGAUACUCAUAAAAAGUCAAAAUUAAUGUUAGUAGCAAAGGCAAGGUUGUAUGACCAAUUAAAAAAAUCUAAAACUACCAAUGAAAAUUUUCUUGUUGAUUUCACAAAUAAAUCAGAUGAAUCUGAAGAAGAAUUAUUACAAAAAGAUGAAGAAAAUGCAACAUUAGAAAAUGAAGAUGACUGGGUAGAAUAUGAAGAUUGUUUUGGUCGCACAAGAAAAUGUUUACGUGAAGAUUUGUGUUUAAUGCAAGAAAAAGAUCAAUUAAUAAAACAACAAAUAAUAAAUAAAAAAGGAAUUGAUCCAAAAACAAAUAAUAUUAUCGAACAAAAUUAUGCUCAAGAAGAAAAAGAACCUGAAAUAGAAAUUAUGAGAAGAAAAUGGGAAGAACAAACAAAAAAACUAACUGAUAAAGUAAAUAUACAUUAUCAAGAUAUUUUAUUUGAUGAAGCUAGAACCCAUGGUGUUGGUUAUUAUGCAUUUUCACAAGAUGAAGAAGAGAGAAUCAAGCAACAGGAAAAUUUAUUCAAUUUAAGGAAGGAAACAGAAAGAAAACAGAAAGAAAUAAAAGAAUUAAAAGAAUUGAAAGAAAAAAUGGAAUAUAAUAGAUUAAAAGCAGCUAAAAUUAGGCAGCGUAUUAGAGCAGGAUUACCAAUAGAUGUAGUAGAAGAAGAAUUCAGAAAAAAAAAUAAUGAAUCUAAUCAAAAUCCAUCAGAUAAUAUACAUGUUGCAGAAAAGAAUUUGAUUGAAGUCAAAGAAAAAGAAAGUAAUGAAAAUCAAAAUAUAGAAAUAAAUAAAGAAUUAGAAAAAGAAAAUAAAAUAAAAGUUUUAGGAGAAUUUCUAGGAAAAAGAAGUCAUUGGUAUGAAAUGUCUCAGGAAGAAUGGAUUCAUAAAUGUAGAAAAAUUAGAGUUAAUGAAUUUGGACCAGUAUAUGAAAAUUUCAAAAGUGCUGGUUAUUUAAACUCUGAAAAUAUUAAUGUAGCAUUAAGAAUUAAUAAUGAGGAAUUUCAAUCAUAUGAAAUGAAUAUUCAGAGUAAUAUAAAAACUAAUAAUAAAGUAAAUAUAGAUACUUAUAAUAUACCACUUCCUCCUAAUUUAAUUAUAAAUGAUCCUAAUAUUGAGAAUAAUAAAACAAUAAAUCAAAAUAAUUUUACCCAACAAAUUCAGCUUAGACAACAAGAAUCCAACAAUAUAUUACAGAAUCAGAUGAUACCAAAUAGAAAUAUAGACGAAGCAAGUAUAGCAGCUGGUCUUAAAUAUUUGAGAGAAAAAUUUGAAAAAAGUCAAAACACUUGAGAUAUUUAUAAAAUAUAUUUAUAUAAUAAUAUGUUUAAAUAUAUAUGUUUGUAAUAAUGUACAUAUAGACAUUAUCAUAUAUCAUUCUCUUUAUACCAAAGAAUAUGCAAUUUAACUUAUAGAAGUUCAUAUUUUAAAUGUAAAAUAUGGAAAAAUAAUUAUUAAAAAUAACAUUUUUGAGAUGCCAAUAUUUAUUUCAAAAUGCAAUUUAAUUUUAUAAACUAUUUUAUCAUAUAAAUUGAAGUUAAAUAUAAAAAAAUAAUGUUCAUCUUUAUUCAAAUAUCCUUAUUCAAAUAGAAAAUUUAUGAAUUUGUGCUUCUGGUAUAAAAGAGAUGAUAGAUGAUUAAAAAAUUAUAAUAAAAUUAUUUACGAUAAUAAAAUAUAUUUAUAAAAAA